GUUCGUUUCAACAACUUGAGAAUUAUAUAGAUCUAUUAUGCCAUAUAUGCUAGCAGCUUUGUCGUUUUUAGGGCUCACCAGAUUAGGGUUUUUUGAUUGACGAAGCUCUUCUUCUUCGUUAGUCUCCUACGAUUCACUCAGCACUGUUCUUUGUCUAUGCGAUUUAGUACUUGUCUCCUCGCGUUUUGCCCUCGCUCGCCGUCGGCCGCAAUCUCGCCGUCAGCGGUGGUCGCGUCGUGCCCCCUUCGGUGGUCGCACCGUUUCGCCUCUGUUUGUGUGAUCUGUUUCGCACUCAUCUGCGUGGGCCUCUGUUUCACUCAUCUGUUGACAUCCUUUGUUCGUGUCCUUCGUGUGGUAUAAUUCUAAGGUGAUAGUGGAGAGUGAUGGACGGAACUUCGUCUUCUGUAAUUGACUUCGCUGAUAUUCCACUAAAUCUUAAUGUCCUUGUCAUUGAUACUGACCCCGAAGCUCUUGAAUUCAUCAAGAAAUCAUGCGAAGAGAAUAUUCGUUGCAAAGAUAUUUCUCAUCAAGCUGUAAUAUGUUUUGAAUCUUCAAUGGCUGUGGAGGUUUUGCUGAAAAAAGAAAUAGACAUUCAUUUGAUCGUCAUGGAGCUUCAUAUGCCAAUGAUGAAUGGCUAUGAAUUCAUGCAAUUUCUCGAUGAAGAAGGAUUUGAUAUUCCUUUUGUCAUGAUGUCGUCUAAGUCUGAUGGUAUUCCUUUUUCUUCCAUGGAAAAGGCUUUCGAACUUGGGGCUAUCGAGUAUUUCUUUAAACCCUUCCGUGGUCGUGAUCAUCUGCUAGAUUUGUGGUCACCUUUCUUAAAGCAUUAUAUCGCCAGGCGUAAAGAAGAUGAUGAGACAAGUGAUGGAGAAGCCAAAGCCGAUGACACCCUCCACAAGAAAGAUGACGAUGUCACCCUCCACGAGAAAGAUGACACCCUCCACGAGAAAGAUGACACACCCUAGUAUGAUCAGCAGAGUAGUGCAAAAUCCAUAGUUGCGUCUCGGUGCUUCUCUCUCUUUCUCAAAGUAUCAGUUGUGUUUCUCUCUCAAAUGCCACGUACACACAAUCAUUUUAAACAUCAGAAAUAUUAAUAAGGGGUGAAGUUACGGUUUUAACCCCUAUUCUAGUAGUUUUGGUCCUCUUUGUGGGAAUGGAAUUUGGGCAGAAGAGAGAAAGGGAAAAGCAAUGGAUGGAGUUCACGAGAAUUGGAAUUGCGAAUAGUGAGACAGAUUUUAAGGUGGCUGUUUGAUAAUGUCUAUAGUGAAAAGGAGACGUAUUAUUAUUAUUAUACUUCUAUUUGUGUUGUCAUGUUAUGUCUUUUCCUAAAUGGAAAAUAAUAUUUUAAUAUCAAUUUUUUGAUACCAUUUUGACA